AUGCAAUACACCGGGAGCAAAUAUAUUGGGGAAUAUGUGGAUGGGAGGAUGGAGGGCAAUGCUGAGUACAUCCUCCCUACCGAGACAAGAUAUGUUGGGGAAAUGAAGGAUGGCAUGUUUCAUGGUGAAGGAACCCUGUACUUCCCCAAUGGGAGCCAGUAUAGUGGCACUUGGAACAAAGGACUGGCUGUAAAGGGUACCUACACCUUCUCAGAUGGACUACAGUAUGAGCCUAAAUUCUGGCAUUACUGUGACGGCUAUGAUCGGAGGUUUUACACAGAGAUUUGCCGUGGCUUGAAGCCUGCAGGUAUUUCUCAACUCAGCAAUAUGGAUCCACCUAGAAAAAUCCCUCAAGGUCAUUAUGAUUGUGGAGACGGGUUCUAUAACCCAGAAACGAGGGUAAUCAAGGAUUACAGGAACCGCUUCCUAAGAAAUGCAGAUGAUGAUGAGCAUGAAUGGAUCAUCAAGACCUGUCGGAAGGGCUGAGACAAGAAUGUGGGUUAA